AAUGGAUUAAUGUUAGAUGGAACCAGAUUUACCUGCAGAGGAAGGCAGAUUUAUCAUCUUUAUGGCACUAGCACAUUCACUGAAUAUACUGUUAGGCGUGAAAUUGCAGUGGGUAAAAUUGAUGCUGCUGCUCCCAAGGAUAAAGUCUGUAUCAUAAGCUGUGAGGUGCCUACAGGCUUUGGACCUAUGUUUAACACUGCAAAGGUCACACCUGGUUCUGCAUGUGCCAUCUUUGGCCUAAGAGGUGUCGGUCUUUCUGCUGUAAUCAGUUAUAAAGCAGCAGGAGCUUCCAGAAUCAUAGUUAUUGACAUCAAAAGUGAGAAGUUUACAAAGGCCAGAGCCCUUGGAGCCACCGACUGCCUCAAUCCUAGAGACCUAGAUAAACCCAUUCAGGAGGUCAUCGUUGAAAUGACCAAUGGAGGUGUGGAUUUUGCCUUUGAGUGUGUAGGUGGAGCUAAAAUCAUGAGAGCAGCCCUUGACAGCAUAACAGUAGGUUGGGGAGUAUGUAUCAUUGGAGUAAACAUUGGUGACAACGGAUUGAGUGUUUCUGCAGUGGAGCUAAUAAUGGGCUAUACUCUAAAUGGAACAAGCUUUGGUGGUUGGAAAGGUAUCGAUUCUGUCCCAAAGCUGGCUGCUGACUACAAGAAUAAGAAAUUCGAUCUGGAUGCAUUGGUGUCCCAUACCCUUGCUUUUGACAAAGUUAAUGAGGCAUUUGACCUAGUGUACCAAGGAAAAAGCAUUAGGACAGUCCUGCUCUUUUGA